GAAUAUUUAAUUGACAUUUCUUAUUUGACAGCAGCAUGCUUGUGUUAUUUGUAUUCAAAAUAAUAUAAGAAAUUCUAUUUUACUUCGAUUAAUUUAUAAAAUUUGUCCACAAAAUGUCUGAAUUGGUGGUCAAAAAUCCAUCGAUGCUCAUUGCACGGGCAUCGAAAGCUUGGAAGUUUUUACACGGCACGAUAAAUGUGUACAAGCCAUCCGGCAUGUUGACGACAACCUUGAUAAAUGCAAUCAAGCGAAAUCUUUGCGAUGACUUAAACUCGAUGCAAUUGGAUGAGCCGAAGCCGCUGGUGCAAAUCGAGAGUGCGGACAAUAAAAACUAUUCCGUUCAAUUAGUGCCAAAUUUAGGUCAAGAUAUUUUAGCCACUGGACCUCGGUACACACAGGAUAUGUUGAAAAUAUUUGCGGCCGAUCAUCUUGGAGUUCACACAAGCGGCGUUAUGGUUUUAGGUAUUAAUAAAGGUGUGCGAUUCGCAAAUCUGCUGAAAAAUGGAGCGCCAAUCCAAACAUUCCACGUGACCGGCAAGUUUGGGAAAGCGACAGAGACCAAUUUCCAAGGAGAUCGCUGCACUUUGAGAGGAGGCUAUAAGCAUGUUACAUCUGGACGGCUACAGGCAUUAUUGUCAUCGUUGCAAACAACGUAUCAAAAGCAAAUGUACGAAAUGAGUGGAUUGGACAUUCAAUCGCAAUCAGCUUAUGAACUAGCAUGCAAAGGACUCAUUCGACCGCUUAACACCAAGAACACCGUCAUUUAUGGCAUACGGAAUACGGAAUUCACGGGGAAAACAUUCACAAUUGAAGUGCAAACAAUGAACGCAUCGGAAGAAAUGUUAGCCAGCUUAGUUUUAGAUGUUGCCGUUCAACUGAAAACGGUUGCCCAUUGUACCAAAAUAAGAUGCACACGUUAUGGGUAUUUUUCAUUCGAAGAUUCACUGUUGCGCAGCCACUGGAAUCUACAGAAUGUUCUGAAAAGUAUGCAUCAAUGCCAGAGAAUUUGGAAUGAACAUCCACAAAUGGUCAGUGAGGAUGUGGCAACACCGGUCGGCUAUGAAGAAGUCAUGAAUAAAGCAUAUCGUAAACCAUCCAAAUAGUAACAUAGUUCUAAUUGUAACAUAGUCUCAAAAUAAACCACUUUUCUAAAAAAAAUACAAAUAAGUCAUAUAUUCAUAUCGGAAGUUAUUUUUGUGUUCUUCUCAAAUAUGAUAUAAAAAACAACAGUUACCCUUCAAAGUUUUGCAGAAAAUGAGUCUUUUUGUUCAAUUGUUACAAUUUGGAUGGUUUACGAUAGACUUAGUUCAAUGUGUAAUUAGACUCAAGUUGUUUUUAGAUGUCAUUGAAAAUUGUACUAAAUUCCUGAGAGGAAAUGUGUUUCUUUAUUUUUCAAUGGUUUUUGGAAUAAAAGACGAUCGAAUUGAACUACGUUAAA